AUGGCGGCUGCCACAGGGGGCGGAGCCCGCCAGGCGGCGGGCGGCGGCGCCGAGAAGGAGAAGGACAAAGGCAGUAAGGAGUCUCCGCUGGAGCUGAGCUUCAGCCUACGCCUCGGGGACGCCGUGCCAGUGCCGUUCUGCCUCAGGGGCCAGGCGCAGGCUCGGGUCGGGCGGGGCGCCCACUGCGACCUCCAGGUCGACAGCAGGCAAGUGUCCUUCGAGCAUUGCGUCAUCUUCCUGAAGAAGAAGAACCGGGAUGUGCAGCUCUGCGUGAAGGACGCCUCCUCGAAGAACAAGACGGGUGUACGGCACGCCAGGGCAGUCUUCGAGGGCAAGGCGCCGAAGGUCCUGCUGAAGGACGAGGUGGAAGUUCUGCACCACAAUUCCGAGCUGUGGGUGCCGCCGCUGCCGGAGCCCGCCGACGGGUCGAAGGACCACCGCGUCCGGAUCAGGGUGAUCUUCACGCUCCCCGACGCCUGGGAGCCCUGGAGGUCGACGACCGAAGGUCCUCGCGGCCGGUGGGACUACCAGGAGAAGCUCGGGGAGGGUGGUCUGGCCAUCGUCUACCGCGCGCGGGACAUGGUCGGGAAGCUGGGCCUCGUAGCCGUGAAGGUCUCCAAGUUCAUCAACUUGCCUGGAGCUUCAGCCCAGAACCGCCACGUCUACGCGCUUCACCGUGAGGCCCGCUGGUCGAUGCAGCGGCUGCACAACCCCCGCGACAAGCGGCACGACCCACGAGGCGCGGACUUGUUCGUGAGAUACCUGGAGGACCAGACCGGCUUCGUGAAGCAUGGGUUCGAUGAGUUUGACAAGGUGCGGCUGCGCUACGAGGACCCUGCCUUCCUGUGGGCCGAGCACUGCUUCGACCCGCCGUUGGCUGCACGCCCGUACGUGGUGCUCGAGCUGGUGGGGGGCAGGCUGCUGCAGUCGGUGAUCGACGACAAGCAUGCGCCGUUGGUUGCUCAGGAGAAGCGCGCCGUCGUGAGGAUGUGCUCCGAGGCGCUGGUCUACAUGCGGCGGUUCGGGGUGAUCCACCGCGACUUCCGCGGCUGCAACAUGUUCCUGCAGGAGCGCGCCCCCCAGAGCCGGCUGAAGGUCAUCGACCUAGGUUUCAUGAUCUCCACCGAGCCGCCGCAGCAGAAGAACCCGAACGCCGCGGUGCGCUGCGCGUGGCAAGGAGACGCCACCAAAAAGGUGCGCUUCGACUGGGCCCCGCCAGAGGUGCGCGCGAGGGGCUCGCCCAACUUCGGGGCGCCCGCCUGCUGCUUCGACGUGUACUCGCUGGGGGUCCUGGUGCUGAAGCUGCUGCGCGGGCGCGCCAAGACACAGGAGCUGCUCGAGACCCAGAAGUUCGACCAGAUCAGGGACUUCGAGCCCGAG